GCACCUGUCACACUCUCACUGAAUGCCUUCAGGAACUUUACACCACUUAAGCUACUACAGCCUCACACACUGACACAGACCGGCAGAGCAAGCACACCAACUGUAGAACCAUGGCAAUCAGCAAAGUGUGUCUCAUGGCAGCCCUGUGCUCUCUCGUAAUCCUCACCACCUUUAUUGGCAGCACACAGUCAGCGAGCUGCUGCCUGAGGUACACCAAGCGUCAUUUUCCAUGCAAACGGCUGCUGGGCUACACCAUCCAGAACAUCAACACUUCCUGCGACAUCGACGCUGUUAUCUUCCACAUUCCAGGGAGGUUUGUGUGUGCUGACCCUUUAGCCAAGUGGACAAAGAGAGGGGUGGACUGCUUGGAUGAAAGGAAGAGGAAGACCACUGAGAUCCUCAAAGAGGGAACCGGAGGCAACACCACAUCAGCUUAAACUCUAUACCACAGCUAACGUCUGCAGCAUAUGACUCUUCUCUUUAUGCAUUCCUGCAUCCAGUUUGCCAGUGAAAAAUGUUAACUUAAAUACUGUUGUUACCUUACUGUAACAAAGACUAUCGUGUGAUUUUUUUUGUUAAUUUCUUCUUAUAUUUGUUCUGUUUUAUAAACAGGGAAGCGUAGUAUUCUUAAUACAUAGUAAACUGUAAGCUGUAGCUACAGUGCAUCAACACAAUAAAAAAAAGAACACAUUGUUUUCGAAAAGUAUUGCAAUAUUUUUGUAAAUUCUGUGUUGACAUUUACCAACUCUGACAUUUUGAGGUCAGAGAUGGAGUAUGAAACAGUCUUCUCAAAAAGUUUUGAUUGUAAUUGCUAUUGUCAAAGAAUUUUAUUAAAACAGAUGUUUAAGAAUA